CAAAAUUUACAAUUCCUAGAAAUUGUUUUUAUCAAUAAUUGUCGAUCUUUUGCUUGUCAAUGAGGAAAUCAAACUGAUUAAGAAUCUAUAACCAUAUCCAUGCUUUAAGGAUAUUACAAAAAAUACUCUUAAGAAGGUAAAAUUGAACAUGUAUAAUAGCAAUAGAUGGCGCCCUUAUAGCCGGCAAUGCAACGUGUGAGGGUAUUACAAUCGAUAUUCAGGCAUUUGACACAGAGGCGCAUAUUAAAUAUCCAAUCAUCGGGUUUAGAGCAAUUGGUAAAUCAUUUGUCAACAGUAAAAACGUCACUUGGAAGGAUGUCUUUCAGCACUGUCGAGAGGGGAGCUCCAAAUACAUUGGACUUCAGGAUUUAUUUUAAUGGUCCCAAUGGAGUAAUUUCCCCAUUCCAUGACAUUCCCCUAAAUGGCGGUGCUGACAAAACUGUCUUCAAUAUGGUGGUUGAGGUCCCUAGAUGGUCCAAUGCUAAGAUGGAGAUUGCCACGAAAGAGAAAUUGAACCCCAUCAAACAAGACGUGAAGAAGGGAAAGUUGAGGUUUGUGAAGAACUGUUUCCCCCACCAUGGCUACAUCUGGAAUUAUGGAGCUAUACCUCAGACAUGGGAAGACCCAUCUCACACUGACACACAUACUAAAGCUAAUGGAGACAACGAUCCUAUAGAUGUCUGUGAAAUAGGAACUGUGGUACACAAAGGGGGAUCAGUCAUCCAAGUAAAACCACUAGGAAUAUUGGCUAUGAUUGAUGAAGGUGAGACCGACUGGAAGGUAAUUGCAAUAGAUGUAACUGACCCACUAGCAGCUAAGCUCAAUGAUAUUGACGAUGUAGAAAAGGAAAUGCCAGGGUUCCUUGCAGCCACAGUCGAGUGGUUCCGUAUUUACAAAAUGCCAGAUGGCAAACCUGCAAACUCAUUUGCUUUCAAUGGAGAAUUUAAAAAUAGAGAGUUUGCUUUAAAUAUAAUCCAGCAAACUCAUGAACAAUGGAAGGAGUUAGUAUCCCAGAAAACAUCAGCAGGAGGUCUCAAUGCGUCAAACACAAGUGUGGUUGGCAGCCCAUUCCUGUUGACCAAGGAUGAUGCACAGACCAUUCUUAAUCAGGCUCCAGCACCCUCAGGGGAAAGUCCACCUAGAGAUCCUGAAGUUGACAAAUGGUACUAUGUUGGACAGUGAAUGCUGUAGAAGGGGGAAAGUGUUACAAAUUGUGAUCAUGACGAACAACGAUAAAUCUAGGACAUCUUGGGUUUAUACAGUGUAUAGAUGGAGAAUAUAGGAAUAUAUUAUAACUUAUUUGGACUGAACUGAUAUUAUAUUAGUGUCUCCUGUAUCGCCAAUUAAAACUUAAGAAAUGAAAUCAUGGACACUUCUAUAAGAAGCACUAUGCACUUUAGAAUAUUCUGUAAGAAUAUAAAUUUAAAUACUAAUGUAAGGUACGCGUCUAACUUUAUUUCAAAUAUAUGCAAAUAUACAAAAAUU